UAGGUAGUAAAGCUCGCAGGGGUCACCUAGUCCCGUAUAUAAAGUCGAGAUCAGCCCUAUACGGUGCAGAGUUAAUCGUUGUUUCGACCGAUCAACGAUGUGGACGCCUUUGAUUUUUCUCUUACUCGGACAAGCUUAUCUACUGGGUGCAGACCCGAUACCGGUAGUCGAGGGUCCCCACAAUGCUCUUCGGUGGAUAGAGGAAGAAGUGGUCGCAGCCGACAAGAGCGAUCAACUGUUAUGGCUGAGAGAGUUGUUGAAGAACGACCACGGAGCGGCUAGUUCGUGGAUAAAGGACACUCUUAACGACACUCGACACGUGGUGACGUUACUCGAUACAUGGUUCGCCGCAAAUCCCGAAAUCGUCGCGGAACUGAGACGAGAAAUGGCGAUCGAAUCGUGGUACAUCGAUCAAGCGCUGGACGAAAAUCAGGACGCCGCGACUUGGGAGAGUUUGAAAGCGGGCAGAAACGACACCGAGUACGUGAUCGGAGAACUUAGAGAGACCUUGUCGAACGAUACUCUGAUAUACACAAUAGCCAUCAAAGAGUUAGAAUCCAAGGGAUUCGAUGAAAGUGAAAUUGUACCAAGAGUUUUAGCGAUAUUGGCAGCGGCGGCGUUGUCCGAGGACGAUCAUUCCGUUGUCCACAAUGCUUCUUGGUGGGUGAAACAGAUCCUACUGACCGACACCAGUGACAAAACGUCAUGGCUGAGGGACGAACUGUUGGAAAAUCCCGAAACUGCUUCGAUCUGGUUGAAAGAAGCACUUCGUAACACACGGGAUACCGUCGCCACAGUGAGCGAAGGAGUCAAACGGUGGCCGGAGAUCGCCACCAAGUUGGCGCAAAAUACCGAGAACGCGUUAUGGUACAUAAAUCAGGCGUUGGAAGAAAACCAACAAGCCGGAACUUGGUACCAACGAAAAUCGACGAGGGACGACACGGAAGAGGCUGUCGCCUGGAUCAGAGAAACCGUGACCAACAGUACUCAGGAGGCUCUCACAUGGUUCCAGAGAUUGGCCAAAAAUCAGCCCGGAGAAGCUGCUAGGUAUUUGCGUUUUAUACUCGUAGGUGAGCCGGGGUUGUACGAUUUCGAUCCGGCGACCGAAGGUCCUCCGUUUUGGUUGAAACUCAUCGAAACGAAGAGCAAGCACGACCCUUAUCCCUUCGAUCUGUGAAUAGAUGAAUAUACUUCACGUGUUUCUUCCGAUAUGGUUUUCAUCUGAAUCUACUAACUAGUACAGGAGAGGUAAAGUUAUACGACUAACUUCGAGCGGGAGCCGCCAUUGGGUCAAAAGUGACAACUGCUGGGAUGAAUGUGAUUCUAGACGUUGUCUGUUUUCUGUAAUAUCGAUCCGUGUAAUAAACGAAAUGAAAAUUGAAA